CCAAACUCACUUGCGUACCAAAAUCCCAAAACCCACCAGCCAUCAUCGCUUUCUUCCCCAUUUUCAAUUCACGAUAAUUCUUUUCCCUUCAACCGAAUUUCCCAUCAACAAUUGCUCUUAAAAUUGUUUCAUUCCAACAUUUUUAUUUUAUGUAAAAUGAUAAAAUCUUUAUCCUUCAAUUCUCAUCUACUUGUUAUGCUUGGAAAUUUUGGAUUCCAGAACUCACGGAGAGCAACCAGCCAUGGCUUCCUUUUCUGCCUUAAAGACCAAACAAUAACAAAGAUGAAGAAAGAUGCAAGAUUAAGAGUGGAUUCAGAGUUAGAUGGAUCUUUGAGCUUAAGAGUGGUGCCUCCAACCUUGAUAGCAGCAGAAAAAGAAGAAGCCAAGGCUGUUUUAACUUUGUUCUUCAAAAAGCAGGGUCUGAGCAACGCAGUUGCUGCAAGAAUCAUCAAUAAAUCAGAACUUUUCAUUGAUCACCUUGUCUCAAGACUUCAUUCUGUUCAUAAAUCUCGGUAUCUCGUAGGAAGAGAGCUCACAACACUUGAGAUCAGGGAUGCUCUUAUUCCUUACCUUGAAUCCCUCCUUGAAGAGCAUGGAAGUAUGUUGGCAGAUGUGGUUGAAAAUUUCCCCCACCCACCAAUUAAGGAUAAACCUAUAACACUGGCAUCUCCUCCUGAUUCAGCCCCUGAUUCCAAGCAGGUAAAAGCCGUCUCUCGUGUUACUGAGACAAGCCCUGCAGGGAUGCUCCGUCCUCAAGUUGUUUACCUCAUGGAGCUUGGCAUGGAUCUUGAGAAGAUUAAGUUAAUCACACGCAGGUUCCCGGCCUUUGCUUACUACAGUCUGGAGGGGAAAAUCAAACCUGUCGUCGAGUUCCUUCUUGAACUUGGUGUACCCAAGUCUGAUAUUCCCAUCAUUCUAGGUAAGAGGCCUCAACUGUGUGGAAUUAGUCUCUCCGAAAAUCUUAUACCCACCAUGACUUUCUUAGAAGAUUUGGGUGUUGAUAAGAAACAAUGGGCAAAAGUUAUAUACAGGUUUCCUGCACUUCUCACUUACAGCAGGCAAAAGUUUAAGACUACUGUGGAUUUCCUCUAUGAAAUGGGCCUUUCAUCAGAGAAUGUUGGUAAGGUUUUAACGCGGUGUCCGACCAUAAUAAGUUAUAGUGUUGAGGACAAGCUACGCCCUACAGCUAAGUAUUUCAGGUCAUUGGGUGCUGAUGUUUCUCUUCUUCUAUUACGUUGUCCACAGACUUUUGGUCUUAGCAUCGAGGCAAAUUUGAAGCCUGUAACACAAUUUUUUAUUGAGAGAGGAUACACCUUGGAGGAAAUUGGGACUAUGAUUUCAAGAUAUGGAGCGUUAUAUACUUUUAGCUUGGCAGACAACUUGAUACCAAAAUGGGAUUUCUUUUUAACCAUGGACUAUUCAAAGUCAGAGCUUGUUAAAUUCCCUCAAUAUUUUGGCUACAGUUUGGAGGAGAGAAUUAAACCAAGAAUUGCACUUGUAAAGAAGGCUGGUGUAAGAUUACUGCUGAAUCAGAUUUUAUCGUUGUCAAGUCGGAACUUUGAGAAUGCUUUAGAGAAGAAAAUGCAGCAGCAGCAGCUUACUGACCAAGUUUGACUGAUCCAUUUAGAGAGAUGGCAUUUUUUUUUCUAAGAAUGAGGUGUUUGCUGAUAUCUUAAAAGAGUGAACUUUUCAGAUAUCAAUGGAGAAAGACAGGGUAAGAGGGAAGAAAUGCUUUUAUCGGGCUAUCCAACUUCAGUCGUCUCAGUAUACAGCUACAAUUGCAUAACAUAGCAUCCACAUUGUUAGCCAUGUUCAUGUUUUCUGUGGAUUUCGAUUUUUGAGUCUCCCGGAUGUAUUACUUGGCUGACUUGUUUGAGUUUGGAGACAAAGGUUACAAGGCUCUCUUCUCCUCUCCAUCUGAUGGGGUUAAUUCUAAAGGCUUCCUGCCUUCUGUCAUUCCUCUCUUCUAUAUGUGGUGAUAUCUAAUGCCCAGAAACAUAGAACGCUUGAUUAUCCUUCUUUCAGGGUAGUUUAACAUUUUUGUUGCUUGUGUCUUUCCUACUAAUUCCACCAUAUACCAGGUUUAUUUUUGACAUUUGCAUGUUCUAUCUCUGUGUAUUUUGCAUUGUAUUAUCUUUGCAAAAGUGAGCCCAACUUUAGUUUAAAAAAAAAAUCUUGCAUCAUUGUAACAUUCUGAAUAUUGAUUAUUGGUGGAUAUUAUGUUGUUCCAUCA